GUAUUCGUUCGGCGAAUCUUCACUGUCAACGUGUCGGUUUGAGAUCUUCUCCUUCUUCCUCUUCGUCGAUCUCAGAUCCUGUCUCCGCCGUUCUCGCGGUAGAGAGAUUAACUCGACCGAUCUGUCUCUUGAGAGUAAGAGUUCUCCCGAUCUGACGCCGUUUUCGUGGUCUCUUUUCCCGUAGAUCUAGCGAAGCAAUUCUCGCAGAUUUUCCCAACGAGUGGUUUGUCGAAGAUGGCGCCGAGCAUACGGAAAGCGAUCGGAGCGGUUAAGGACCAGACGAGCAUCGGGAUCGCCAAAGUGGCGAGCAACAUGGCUCCGGAUCUGGAGGUCGCCAUCGUGAAGGCGACGAGCCACGACGACGACCCGGCGAGCGAAAAGUACAUCCGCGAGAUCCUCCACCUCACCUCCAUGUCACGCGGCUACGUCCACGCCUGCGUCACCGCCGUCUCCCGCCGAUUGGGGAAGACCCGCGACUGGUUCGUCGCCCUCAAGGCCCUCAUGCUCGUUCACCGCCUCCUCAACGAAGGAGACCCUCAGUUCCAGGAGGAGAUUCUCUACACCACCAGACGAGGUACGAGGAUGCUUAACUUGUCUGAUUUCCGGGAUGAGGCGCAUUCGAGUUCCUGGGAUCACUCGGCUUUUGUUAGGACUUAUGCUAGUUACUUGGAUCAGAGGCUUGAAUUGGUUCUUUUCGAGAGGAAGAGUGGAGGGCCUGUGAACAAUGGCGGUAGUAGUAGCCGUCAUAGUAAUGGGGAUGGUCAGGCUAGGGACGAUUUCAGGUCGCCGCCUCCUAGGUCUUAUGACUAUGAGUCCGGUGACUUCAGGGGUGAUAAUGGCUAUGGUGGUAGCAGUCAUGGUGUGCCUAGGAGGACUCGGUCUUAUGGAGAUAUGAGUGAGAUGGGCGGAGGGAGAGAUGAGAAGAAAACAUCGGCUACACCUCUGAGGGAAAUGACGCCCGAGAGGAUUUUUGGAAAGAUGGGUCACUUGCAAAGGCUGCUUGAUCGAUUCCUGUCAUGUCGACCUACCGGUUUAGCGAAGAACAGCAGAAUGAUCUUGAUCGCUCUGUACCCUGUUGUGAGGGAGAGUUUUAAGCUAUACGCUGAUAUCUGUGAGGUCUUGGCUGUAUUGCUUGACAAGUUUUUCGAUAUGGAGUACAUGGACUGUGUCAAGGCUUUCGAUGCUUAUGCCAGUGCAGCGAAACAAAUCGAUGAGCUCAUAUCAUUUUAUUAUUGGUGCAAGGACACCGGUGUGGCGAGAUCAUCUGAGUACCCAGAAGUCCAGAGAAUCACGAGCAAGUUGUUGGAGACACUGGAAGAGUUUGUGAGAGAUAGAGCUAAGAGGCCCAAAAGUCCGGAGAGGAAGGAAAUAGAAGCUCCUCCUCCAGUUCCUCAAGAGGAGGAGCCAGUGCCUGAUAUGAACGAGAUCAAGGCUCUUCCUCCUCCAGAGAGCCACACUCCACCGCCUGAACCAGAACCUGUACCUCAAAAACCACAAGUGACUGAUGAUUUAGUUAACUUGAGGGAUGACGACGUUUCUGCUGAUGACCAAGGUAACAAGUUUGCGCUGGCUCUGUUUGCGGGUCCCCCGGGGAGUAAUGGUAAAUGGGAAGGUUUCAAUUCUAAUGGAGAUAAUGGUGUGACCUCGGCUUGGCAGAAUCCUGCAGCUGAGCCCGGGAAGGCGGAUUGGGAGUUAGCCCUGGUUGAAACCGCUAGUAACCUGGAGAAACAGAAAGCUGCAUUGGGCGGUGGCUUUGACCCAUUGUUGCUAAAUGGAAUGUAUGAUCAAGGAAUGGUUAGGCAACAUACGAGCACCACACAACUGACCGGUGGCAGUGCCAGCAGCGUGGCCUUGCCCUUACCGGGUAAAACCAACAGUCAAGUUCUGGCCCUCCCUGCUCCCGAUGGAACUGUCCAGAAAGUAAACGAAGAUCCAUUUGCAGCUUCUCUCACCGUCCCACCUCCUUCGUACGUGCAAAUGGCGGAAAUGGAGAAGAAGCAGAACUUGUUGGUUCAGGAGCAACAGCUAUGGCAUCAAUACCAGCACGACGGGAUGAGAGGCCAGGCUAGUCUGGCCAAGAUCAGCACUGGUCCAGUCCCACCGGCCAUGCCUUACGGAAUGCCACCGGUCUAUGGAAUGGGAGCUCAACCAACAGGGUACUACUACCAAAACCCUUACUGAUUCAUUCAUUUCACUUGCUCUGUUUCACUCUCUUUUUUUGUCAACUCCUAUAUAUGUAGAUGACUCGUCUUCACCUGAUAUCUGUGUGUUAUCUCUGUAUUCCCGAUUGUUUGAAGAGACACCAUCUCCAUUCCUCUCAAAGCUGUGAACUCUGUCCUCAUCUUUGAGCUCAAUAGUUUUGGAAUUCAUUGGUCCUCUUUUGAUGUUUA